GUUGUCCAGGGUGUAUAAAUUAACUCAGUCUGUAGAAUUAAUUAAGACUCUCAACUCAUCAUUAUGAAAUACGUCUGACAUUAAUUAAUAUUCAUAAAUUACCAUUCGCCUUAAUUGGCUAUUGUCAGUCAUUUGCUAACGGCAUUGAAUUCUCUACCGAGUAUGCAUAUUGCAGCAAAAUAUCGAACAUUCUAACUUUGAACAACUACGAGCAAAAAUACCAAAUCUGUGACAAACAAAAAUGUCAGGAUUAACAAAGGCAUUUGAUAAUACGAUAGACAAAGGGAGAUUAUUUUUCCAGUACUUGACAUUAGCAAAAUACAACAAUGUAUCAACGGAAGAUAUGUCAAUGUCGAUAAUUCGUGGAAAAGAUGAUUCUCAAAUCAUCCGCUCUGGUACCCUAUGGGAGAAGACUAAACAAGGCUGGUUGAGGAAGAAAUGGAAAUUGAGACAUUUUGUGCUUAGUCGAUUUUGCUUAUUGACCUACAAUAAAGAGACUGAUUUUAUGAAUGGUUUAGAUCCCAAAUUGAAAAUAGAUUUACAUUUGAUAAGACAUAUAUCGAAUCCUCUCGCAAAACGACACAAGUAUUUGACCAUACAUUUGGAAGAUGGCACCAAGAUGGACCUAAAGGCGACAAAAUAUGAUGCUAAUGAAUGGGCACGUAAACUAGAAGAAGCAGUAGUUGCUGGGCGUACAAGAAAACAAAUCCACAAUGAGGUUCAUUCCGCCAUGUUUAAACGUCAUGUUGAAUCCAACAUCCAAGAAAAACUUUUGAGGAAUGAUAAAUCUACUGUUAAAGAUCGACAGAGUUUUCUUCCCAAGAAAACAUACCUUCGUAAAAUCGACUCACUUGCGACAAGUGACAUUAAUCAAGAACACAGGAAUUCUACAAUUGAACUAACAGGCUUUAAAUCUAACUUCACCCUCAGAGCUCAUUCGACAAUGUCUCUCUGUAACCCCGACUCAAGGUCCGUUCCGGGUUACCCCCCUCCAAACCUACCUCGACUAACAAGAGAUGAUAUGGCACGUAUAACAAACCAUGCAACCGAAUCCAGACAACUUUACAACCACAAUACGACACAAAGAGCAAAACAACAAACAAAGCAACCCCGGGGACAUCAAGAAUCUAAAUCACCUUUAGUAGAGCCACAUCAUCCUCAACAUACAGCACAAUCAAACACAUCAACAAAUGGACAUAAUAUCAAUAAUAUUACGACAGGGGCAUUAUUGAGACAUAACAUCAGACAUUCAGUAUCUCAGGAAGAAAUCCACCUGAUUGGCUCUAAGCUAUCAGUAGAGCGGAGCUCAGGACGGAGUAGUAAAAGUGAACCCCCAGGAUGGCCUUUAUAUAAGCAUAGAUUGUUAUCUGACAGUUCUAUCACCAAAAGUGAUCUGUUGAGUAAUCGACUCAGGGAUUCUUCGAAGCAAGCGAAUACAUCAGAGGCACCAAAACCAAUGAUACCCAGGCCAAUGUUGAGUGUAACGAUGAGCCCCACUUUGCACCGUGUUUCCUCUGUAACUAGCCUCAAUACUGGGUUAAGAAAGAAACGUCGGGCACCAAAACCACCUUCCAUGCAGAAAAGACAAGCUCCAGCCCCUCCCAAGCUUCUUACCCCUCAGGCUCCAGCCUCAGUUAUUGCCCCGACAGUCACAAACCUGGACUUAUUUAUCGAAAAACAAAGAAAGGAGCGCCAGAAACAAAUCCUUGAAGAAGAAAAUAAUGCUCAGAGCUGGAAAAGAAGACCUCUUAAACCUCUGAAACCAAUAAAAGACAACAUGUAUCACUCUCUCAAAAAUAAAACCCAGACACCUAAGGCAAUAAUCCUCGGCUCUAGAUGUAGUUCAUUCCGCCACGAUGAUGAAAACAAUGUGCGAAAUUCAACAAAUCGACAGGGAUCUCGUUACAAGAACUAUGACAAUGUUAAGAUGCUGGAAAGUGGUCAAAGUAGAGCAUUCUCAGCUUACAGACCACUUGAGAGACCAAAGACUUUCAUGAUAGAGUCUGACAGUAGUGGGGAUGAUGAAACUGAAGAUGAUGAAAGCACAUCUAGGUCAAUGCCUGAUCUAGUAGCGAAUCUUCCAAAGGGGCAUUGGAAGCCUACAGCAACCACAAUAAUAGAAACGGGACUCUGAAUCGAAAAGAAUUGAUUAUUAACCAAUUAAAAAAAAUUGAAAACUGAUCUUUAAUAACAAUUUGAAAUAGGAUUAUAAACCAGCAAAAAGACAACCCUAUGAUAGAAUAUAAAAAUUUUAUGUACGAUAAAACCUGGAUUAGCCAUCACUUAUUUUGUAUCAAAAUGAACACAGUGCCCAUGUCAAUCUGCGCGCGCACCCUUACAUCUAUUCAGUCCCUUGAGGACAGAACUGUUGAGAAUAUGAAUUCAUUGUCUCAACAGCAUAUCAAUGAUGCUAUUGACCAGUUUAGGCCAAGAUAGAAGGCUACAGUUGAUAAAAAUGGUGGACAUAUUGAACAUAUGUUUAAUAAAUAAAAUUGAGAAAAAAACUUGGUUUUUGCAAGUUUUGGAAAAACCAUUUUUAAACGAAAAUGACAUCAUUUGUACCUUACCCUAUCCAUUGGUAUAUAAUAUGACAUUUUUUCAUCAAUAAAUCAAUAUUAAUUUAUGAAGUAUGAGUGUCCCAUUUUUUGGUCCACCCUGUAUAAUUUUGAUAUAAACUAUUAUGAAUUUUCAAGGGAAACUCUUCUCUUAAAAACUUAUAAUUACUUAAACUAGGCAAAACUUUCUUAUUAAAAAUAUUUUAAGUCGCAAAGUAUUCACUAUUCAUAUAACGGCAGUAUAGAAAAUAUUGGUAUAGUAAAAACAACAUCUGCAAAAAAUUAGUGCAACAGAUGUUUGAAGAUUAUACCUAUAGAAUCUAAUAAAACAUAGUGUUUAUUAAUUAAUUGCAUAUUGUAUAUUAAUUGUAUAUAAUUAACUAGAGUAAUAAACGUGGCCCUAUUGUUC